UGCAAUUCAAUUCUCUCAACUCGCAAUUCUAUAAAAUAGAAAAAACAUCGCGAAAAAAUAUAUAUAUUAAAAAUUGUUGUUGUUUUGGUGAACAAACUUCAAAUAAAUAUUUAAUUAUCUAGACUUUGUACUUUUUCAAAAGCGCCCAAAAGAGUGGUAGUGAAGACAUAAUAAGCACUUAAUAAAUGUCAUAUAAUAAAUCAAAUGACACAAUUGAUGUGUUGAAUUUCUGGUGAAUGAUCGAUAAAUAAUCCACCUAAAAGAAGUCAAAUUACGUAUAAAAGAGCGAAAAAAAGCAAACAUGUCAUCGGUCAAGACAAAAUCAUCGACGGAUAAACAACCGCCACCAUCAUCAAAACCACCGAAACCGAUCAAUUUAAAUUUGAAUAUGAAAUUAAACCGUUUUGUUUAUACCAAAUAUCGUGCAAUGCUUGGUUCAUACAAUGACAAAGCCAAUGAAAUCAUUCAAUCGUUGCCCACGAAAAAAUCCAUUUUACAACAAAUGGAUCGACGUUUCAGCAUUGGCGGCAUUAAGAAAACUUCUUCGACGCCACCCCCACCUCCAAUGCUCAAUGGAUCGAUACCAACAAGACGUAUCACAACACAACCACAGCAUGAAAUGCCAUCAUGUGUACAAAAUGCCAUGAUGACAAAGGAUAAAAAACCGUUUACCUACACACCUGGUGGAAUCGAUUUGAGCCAAAUCAAAUCACCACGGAUGGCACAACGGAUAAGCCGAAAUGCACAAAUGGAAGGGGUCACAAAUCAACCGAAACCUUCACCAUUGGCACAGCAAAACACAAAUUCGCCUGUGCCUGCUGCUCCUUCUCUCCCGCCACCAUCAACGCUUGGAAUGCCCGUACAAGUUUUUCCAAGUGGGCCACCACCACCUCCGCCACUAAAUAAAUCGCAAUUAAAUGCGUCUAAUGGAAAUCGUUCGCCAUCAAUGUCACGCAAAUCACCACAGCCACAAUCAUUUGAACCUCCUCCGCUUGGCUUGCGACCCGAAAUUAAAAUUCCGCCAAAUCCAAUGAGUAAUUUGCGCAAGGUCGCAACACCAAAACCUAAAGAAAUUGAUUGGAGCGAAGAAUUUCGCAAAGAACGGUCAAAAAGUCCAAUGCCCGGUGCAUUCGCAUCAGACACAUCGACGCCACAACAAACGGUGUCACCUGAUUCGAUGCAUCAAUUUAACAAACCAACGCCUGACAAAGUUGAUUCACCAAUUAACACAGUGCAACAACCGUUCAUACAACGGCAAACAUCACUAAAAGAUAGUGAUAACACGUACACAGAUCAAAAUAACAAUUUCUCGAACAAUAACAAUGGCAACAAUUUUAAUCAAAAUACACCAUCAUCAUCAUCGCCACUGCAAAGAGUUUACAGUCCAUUUGCAUCAUCACCACAACCAAAUUUACCAAAACCAUUGAGCCCAAUUAAACUCAAUCAAACGAAUCAAGAUGAAAACGUACCAAUUUACGUUCGAUCUUCACAGCGCGCUACUUCACCCAAACCACCAACACCACAACCAGAAUACGGUCAAACACAAUCGUCGCCGGUGUCGAGUUUCCAAAGACAACCAUCUCUGGAACAAACACAAACACCAAUUUACACACGAUCACCACGUAAUGUAUCGGCUUCACCAGUGAAACAAUUAAAUCAAUCAUCGUACAAUCAACCGAGCAAUGUUUGUGCUUCACCAGUGAAACAAUUCAAUCAGCCGACAUUUAAUCAAUCAAAUCAAAACGAUUCACAAUCUGAAAAUUAUCCGAUUUAUGUUCGCUCGUUCCAAAAGCAACAAGCACCGCCUGCACCGCAAGCACAACAGGCACCACAACAACCACUUUCUACAGCUCAACCAUUUGUUAGCGAACCAGGCCGACAAUACUAUCAACCAAAUCGAGCCAACAACUCACAACAAAUGCCACCAUGGAUGAGACGAACCAAUAGCAAAGAGCUACCAGAAUGGGCAAGUAACAACGAUGACUUCUGUCGACCAACAACUGCACCACCACAAAACAAUCAACCAUCCAACACGUUCUCAAAUAACAAUUCGAACUACUCAACAAAUGGAUCAACUCCACUGUACGGAAGCAAUGGAUCAAGCGCUCCCACUCAAAAGGAACGUGUUGUUCCGAUUCAAUUUGAGCAAACGCCAACGAAAACACCAUCAUCACCUGGUUUCACAGCACAACCGUACCAAAACACACCACCACAAUACAAUCGUGUGCAACCACCACCAUUUGCUCCAACCGCGUCAAAUUAUGCAUCAACUUAUAAAGAUCCGCACCAAUUUGUCGACCAAGGUUAUAAUAAUGUUCAGAAUUGGGACAUCAACCAACAUGUACCACCAAAAGCAAGCGAUGGCUCACGCGUUAUUCCGAUCAAAUUAGAAGACGGACAUCCAUAUUUAAAUGGGCCAGUGUCACAAUCGCCACACGUCAUUCAAAGCGGCAAUUAUCGAUUUAUAAUACAUGACUGUCCUCUUGCAGCCGAACUACAAUAUGUAAAAAAUAGGCUCAGCGAUAUUCGAUCGACAGCACCAAAUCAAUCGAAAUCGUUCAGAGUAUUGCAACAAAUCACUGACACAAUGAAAAUGGAUCCAAAUGAAUCGGCUGCUUUAAACAAACCGGCAGAAUUACAUCAACCACACUAUUCACGUCCACUCGGACCAAAUGACAUGAAUGAACAUCAAUUGCGCAAAAUGAAAUUGAACGAUGAUACUCCGAAAAAUCAACCAUACGAAGCUCGUUUCAAACAACAAUUCCCUGAUUGGGUGCCAUGUAAACCAUACAGUGUUCUUCAAACGGUGAUGAGACCAGACAAUGACGCUCGCAUUUGUGUAUUUUUUUGUACAGCUGAUGUCCAAGUCUUAAACACUGUUCAGAACAAUCAUUUGAACUCUUUUCCCAAUUUAACCAAUUCCUUUUCUGAUAUUCCUUAUACGGUGUCAAUGCCACCAGAUACACCGUCGUUGCAAAGUGUUUGUGAUGAUUCGAUUGCCGAAGCAAUCCCACUGCGGAACAAUGAUAUUUAUGAAUCAUGUGUUUAUGAUUCGUAUUAUGACAAAAAUCCGCCAAAAAGUCGACCAAUAUCGACAUACUCGGAUUCGGCAACCGUUGUACCACGCAUUGUAAUCACUCCAACACCAGAAGACAAUGAAAAACGUCGUGCAAGUUGGACAACCUAUGAACAAGCCGAUAAAAUGGCCAAACAAAAUGAAACAUUUGAAAAGCUAACAAAAAAACUCAAUCAAAUCUAUUCGAAUGAAAAUGUUGAAAUAGAAGAUGUUAAAACAGAAAUAGUUGACGCAAAAAUCGCCAGUACUGGUGUGGAAAGCAAAAAUGUUGAAUUUAAGCCAUUUGGUGAUGAAACCCAGAAUUCAAACAAUAACCAGUCGAUCGUAAAUAAAUCAAACUUUACAAGUAGUAAAAUUCUUCAACAUAGUCAAGAAUUGGAUAGCUCAGAAAGUGAUUCGCAAACCGAACAAAACGAUUCACGUACAGAAAAUAAUGAUAAAGAAAUGUGUGAAAUUUAUGAACGAAAACGCAAUGAUAGUUUGUAUGAAAUUGAAGAUAUUCGAGAGUCCGAAAUCCAUUCGGAUGAUGAAAGUGCCGACAUUAUCGAGUUUAUAAUUGAUAACAGUGGGGAUGCAAUGUCAAAUUGUGACACAGUCGAAUUCAAUGAUCAUUUGAGUGUGAUUUUUGAAGAUGACGAACAAACACAAAACCAUCGCAUACGAUUAGAUAGUAUAUGCUCAAGUAAUUCAUCAGCAACAUUGGCCAAUGAUGAUAAUGGCAGUAAACAUUUCGAUAGUGAUGCAGAAGAAGAGGAUGACGAUAGCAGUACAGUUGAAAGCGACACUGAAAAUAACACAGACAAUGAAUCGGAUAGUGAUGACGAAGACGAUCAAAGUACAUCGGUCACUGUUCGUUUGCCGUUGCGUUUGUCAUUCAGCCGAUCAUCGAACGAUGAAGAGAUUACCACAGUUAUGGUUGGUAAAAGUGAGAUAGAAAUCGAAGAGAAUGUACCGUCAUACAAAACAGCAAGAGAAGAUUCGUCACCCGAUGUUAGUGUGUCAAUUAGUUUACGACCAAAAAGUCGACCAUCUUACAGUCAACAAUCUUCAGUUUAUACAUCGAAAAAUAUAAGUUUCGAUAAUGAGAACGAUGACGACGACUCAGAAGUUUCCGUUUCGUUUUCAGUGCCAAUAAAACACCAAACACUUAGUCCAGUUCCUUUGACACAUCGACCAGCAUUCAGACGACAACAAACACUAAGUCCAAUUCCACACAAUCGCGAUGAAUUUGAGUAUAAACGUUGGGAUCGCGGUGUCAGCGUGGAUCGCAUCACAAAUAUUCCAAAAUCAAAAGAACAAAAUUGGACUAAGAGAAACGAUUUCAUUGACAAACACAAUAUCAAGCAGAACAUUUCAAAUGUCACCGAGUAUAAUUCAAAUCACAAAGUGGACAAUGCAAAUGUCGAAGAGACUGCUUCACAUACAACUGAAGAUAAUUCAAAGAAAGAUGAUUCAAAUGACAUUGAGCCUGAAAAUCGUUCGGUACGUGAUAAAAUUGCGGCAUUUGAAACAAUACCGAUAAGUAGAAAAGAUGAAUUUCAACGACAAAACGCUUGCACAUCUUUUGACGAACCGUUGGAGCAAACGCAUAUUAAAUAUAAUAAUAGUUUAUAUAAAAAAGAACAUGAAGAAAAUAAAGGCGAAGAAGACAAGAAAUACGAAGAAAAUAAUACUUAUAAUGGAUUUAAUGAAUAUAACGAAAACAUUUUUUACAAAGAAGAUUAUGCAUUUAAUCAGCCAAUUUAUGGAAAUUCACCGCAAAGCGAACCACAAAAAUCGAUGAAUACCUAUUCAAAUUACACGGAAUACGAUACACGAACAGUCACACCGAACUAUGAAUCGUACGUUUCGAAUGAAUACACAAGUUUACAAUCACCAUGCCAGUUUGUCAAGCCUGAAUUCAUUGAAUCACAACAUGAACAUCCACAACAAACAUACAUGGGACAAACUGAACAUACACAUAACCUUGAGCGCAGUGAAAAUAACUCUGAAGAAUCAGAAGAUACGGAAAAGGAUUACAAAGCCAAUUUGUCGGUGUCACAAAAGAUUGCGGUGUUUGAACAGCCAGCGGCAUGCCCACCAACGAAGAUAGAUGGUCAACAUGAGAUAUCCACUGCUCGUGAAAUGCCCACCGCUCCUGAAACAACUAAUAAACCAGAUAGCAUUGUUAAUAGAUUCCUAUCCAAAGUAAACGAAAUCCAAACUCAGAAAAUUGAAACACAAAAAUCAUUUGAAUGUAAGACACAAAAAUCAUAUGAGCCACAAAUGCUACAUUCACUUGAAAUGCCUCAAUCAAAUCGAAAUGCAAAAUUGAAAAAAAUGCAUUCUGAACAACGUUCAACUCUCGAUGAAUCCGAACUCGAAGAGACCGAUUCCGGUGUUGAUAUUCAUCGUCAAAUAUCCGAAGAUAUUGAUACUGAGUCUGAAUGUUAUUCCGAAUUGCGAAAAUUAACUCGCUAUGAGCGUGCACAAACGCAUUCACGUCUAUUCAAAAUCCUGCAAGAGUACGAAAGUGACAUGAGCGAUGUGGAAAAAUCCAAAGCCGAUGAAGAGGAAGUGAUGCCAUUGUAUCGGCCAAAGAAAAUCGUCCACAAUGUAUCAAUAACGCGCAAACAAAAUCCAGAACUGGCAAAACAAGCUGAAACAAUGGCCGAACGCCGUGAACGUUUGCAUUUGAAUCACAAUUGUUCAAGUAUAGAUACGGAUAAUCCAUCAUCAUCGGCAUCACCGUCAUGCCUAUCACCAACACCAUCGGUCAAUGAAAAGCUAAUCGAUGAAUUGGUCCAAAGCGUUUUGAAACAGACAAAACGUCGAAAUCUUCGCAAUAUUCCGAUUGAAAAAAUUCAAUCUGCCGCACGAAAGGCAUGGCUUCAACAACAAGAAGAAAAUGAUUCCUGUGAUACAUAUAGCUCGUCGUUUGAUUCAACGCCAGCAUUAACACCGCAAGAAUUUCACGAUGAUUAUUAUGAUAGUGAUGCCGAUGGGAAUAUUGAUAUUUUUCCAUCAAAAGCAUUUAAACAUUUGCAAGAACAAUCGGUGUAUGGGAGAAAGAAUAAAUUAUGGGCAGCACGUUGUCCGCGUGUACUAAGCUCAAAGACGGUUAACAGCGAUCUGAGUCGUGUCACGGAAACAAGAGAAUCACAAACACCCGAACGUGAUCAACAAUAUGUUUAUAAUAAAUAAAUUUCUUUAUUUUCUUUUUACUCCUUUCCAAUCCCAACAUAUCCCCAUCCCAUUUCUCCUUCCAAACAAACUGAGUUCAAAUUCAAAACCGAUUUCGUUCAGUGUUCAAAGGCAUGCAAAUACUGUUAUGUUGUUGGCCACGCAUACAAUCAUUCGCAAUGCCCAUCAAAUCAACUCUCAACACUAAAAAUAAAACAAUUCAUAAACACAAAUAAAAAAAAUACGCGCUCAGAAAACGCUAGAAAUACGUAAACACCAUCCUCAUUCGCAUGAAUAAGCUAUGGUAUGGUUUGCGAAACCGAAGAUUUUCUCAUCGAAACGAAUAGAGUUCGAAAGAAUGGCCAUAUAGAUAUUUUUAUUGAUCGGCUGGUUUUCUUCAUAUUGAAAUUUAUAUUUGAAAAAUGUACCAAUUAAACUAGUAAGCAAAUCACCAACACACACACACAUACAGACACAGUCACACAUACAAAUAUGAAACGAAUAAAUAAAAAGGUAUUUGAAUUUGGCGAAAUCGCACACACAUUUUGUAUUUGACGUUAUUUAUUGUUGUUGUUUUUCACACUG